AGGUAUUUGAGCCCAGAUGAAAUAUGGCCGGACGACCCAUCCGCAUUGGAGACCAGCUGGUCCUUGAGGAAGAUUAUGAUGAGACCUACAUUCCCAGUGAGCAAGAAAUUCUUGAAUUUGCCAGGGAGAUUGGUAUCGACCCCAUUAAGGAGCCAGAGUUGAUGUGGUUGGCACGGGAGGGCAUUGUGGCCCCAUUGCCUACGGAGUGGAAACCAUGCCAGGACAUCACAGGUGAUAUUUACUAUUUCAACUUUGCCAAUGGACAGUCCAUGUGGGACCAUCCAUGUGAUGAGCACUAUCGGAACCUGGUCAUCCAAGAGCGAGGGAAGCUGUCUGCUGGGGCUAUUAAGAAGAAAGAGAAGAAGAAGAAAAAGGAAAAGAAAGACAAGAAGGACAAAGACACCCCCAGGAGUCACCUGGCCCUGCGUUCCUCGUUAGCCCCAGUCCACGUUCCUCUUGGGGGUUUGGCUCCCUUACGAGGCCUUGGGGAUGUCCCACCCUCUGCUCUUCGUGGAUCUCAAAGCAUGAACAUGGGAAACCUGGUGGAGUCCAAUCAGCCUGGAGAACAAAUGCUGCACUCACAGGGUCUCAAGAGUUCGGCUUUUACAAAAAGUCUCUUGGAAUCCAUUCACGAGGAUAAGAAUGUUCUCAACCUGUUGGCUUUAGGGGAGGAGCCCAACGAGAAGGAGGAGAGUGACAACCAGAGUCUCCGCAGCUCAAGUGAGCUUCUUAAGAACCUGCACCUGGAUGUUGGGGCCCUAGGGGGUGAUUUUGAGUAUGAGGAGUCUCCCAGGACAAGCCCCCCAGAGGAGAAGAAGGAUGCUUCUCUCGACUCCAAUGCUGCUGGUCCCCCGACGCCCGGCAAGCUCUUGAGCCAGGAUGCAGACAGCAGCCUGAGCAGUGCCGAUGGCCACGGACAAGAGGGAAGAGAGUCAGGCUCUUGGCACCCUGGAAAAGACCAGAGUGAGAAGAGUGAUUCCCAGGCCUCUAGGAGUCAGGCGAUGCCCAGCAUGCACCCAGAGGGUGCUCAGUCUGCCAGAGUUUCUGAAAAGAAGACAUCUGUGGAUGCAGGAGAGGAGGGCUUCACGAAGGAAGAAGCUGAAGAGGAGCAAAAACAAAAGGCUUCCACCCAAUCAGAGAGAGGAUCGGAUGUCAGUGAAGAGCUGGAGGUCAGUGAACGUGUGAAGGAGUUGCAGCUCACCGACUCUGCUGCUUCCAACUCUGAGUCCAUCAGUGAUCUGGACUGCGGUUUUCGCAGCCGGAUCACCGAGCACCUGCUGGAUGUGGAUGUGCUUUCCCCGGCCCCAGAGGGAGCCCGUCGUGCAUUUGAACAGCCGAAGGGUAAAGAGGAAAAGGUCUACAACCACUCCAGCCAGCAUGAGCUGCAAAGCACGCAAUCCAAAGGCUCCAAGAGGUUGUCUCCUUUACUUCUGCGUGGGGAGCAGCUCCAGAGUCCCCCUCCCAGCCAGGCCUCUGGAGGAGGGUCUGCACAGGGCACUGAGGGGCGGCCUGAGCAGAAAGAGACAGAGGAGCCCAGGGAGGACUCCAUUCCCAGUUCCCCACUGCCGAUUUGCCUCCCAAGGGAGCAGAUCCCAAGCCCACCUGCUGCCCAUGAGGGAGACGUGAAGCGGCGCUCUGAGGUGGAGGAGCCGGAGCCUGGGCAGGAAGAGGCUGAGGAGCAGGGGGCGACUGGCCCCAUCCUGCCAGACUCUGCCGAGGUGCAGUCUCCAGAGUCUGCGGCUCCUCCAGAGCAGCUCUCAGAGGCUAAUCAAAAGGCCAUUGAAGAGGCAGUGGCUCAAGAACUUGAGCAAGACCAGAAGCAGCUGCUGGAAUUGAGGAGAGAGAGGAUACAGCAGCUGCGGGAGAAGCUGUGGAAAGAGGAGGAAGAGGAGAUCCUUCAGCUUCACCAGCAGAAAGAGAAGUCCCUCAGUUCCCUGAAGGAGCAGCUGCAGAGAGCCACGGAGGAGGAGGCGGCUCAGUUGAGAGAGGAGGAAAACCAAAGGCUGUGCCUGCUCCGAGCCCAGGUCCAGUCCAGUGCAGAAGCAGAUGGAGAGCAAAUGAGGGCAGAGCAGGAGGCUUCCCUGCAGAGGCUGAGAGAAGACUUGGAGUCUCUGCAGAAGGCUGAGAGGGCAAGCUUGGAACAGAAAAACAGGCAAAUGCUGGAACAACUCAGGGAGGAGAUGGAGGCUUCGGAGAAGAGGGAGCAGGCUGCUCUGAAAGCCGAGAAGGCGGCGGCUCUGCAGCAGCUCAGGGAGCGCCUGGAAGGAGAGAGGAGAGAAGCUGUGGCCGCACUGGAGAGGGAGCACAGUGCCGAGCUGGAGCAGCUUCAGUCCUCCCUGGAGGCCAAGCACAGAGAGGUGGUUUCCAGCCUCCAGAAGAAAAUAGAGGAAGCUCAGCGGAAGGAGCUGGACCGACUGCAGGAAAACCUUCAGCGGAUGGAACAGAAAAGCCACCAGAAGGUUCACCAAGUGCUUGAGUAUGAGCAGGAGCUCAGUGGUCUCCUGAGAGAGAAGCGUCAGGAGGUGGAAAGGGAGCAUGACAGGAGGAUGGACAAGAUGAAGGAGGAGCAUCAGCAAGUGCUUGCUGAGACCAGGGAGCAGUACGAAGCUGAGGAGCGGAAGCAGCGGGCUGAGCUGCUGGGGCACCUGACGGGCGAGCUGGAGCGGCUGCGCAGGGCCCAUGAGCGUGAGCUGGCCACUGCUCGUCAGGGCCAGGAGCAGCAGCUGGAGGACUUGCGGCGGCGGCACCGUGAGCAGGAAAGGAAACGCCAAGAUUUAGAGGUGGAGCUUGAAACCAGAACUAGAGAUAUCAAAGCCAGAUUGGCUCAGCUGGAGGUGCAGGAGGAUGCCGCCCGCAAGGAGAAGCAGCAGCUUCUGGAUGUGCAGAGGCAGGUCGCUCUCAGGAGCGAGGAGGCCUCAGCCACCCGCCAGCACCUGGAGGAGACCAAGAAGGAGCACACCCACCUGUUGGAGUCAAACCAGCAGCUGCGAAGAGUUCUCGAUGAGCUUCGGGCCCACAAAAUGGAGCUGGAGUCCCAGGUGGAAGCGCUGCAGAAACGCCUCAGGGGCCUGCACGUGGAAGCUCAGAGGAAGCAGGACACGCUGACUGAGUUGGCAGCUGAGGAGAAUAAUGCUGCUCCACACUUUGAGCCAGAUCUGCACAUCGAGGACCUGAGGAAAUCCCUUGGGACAAACCAGACCAAAGAUGUGUCCCCUUCUUUCUCUCAGAGCAAGGAGGAGAUGGACUUGUCCUUGGACAGUCUGCUCUCCUACAGCGUCCGGCACUACCUCUCUUCUGAGGGCUUCGCCCUUCGUAGCGCCAAGGAGUUCCUGGUGAGGCAGACGCGCUCCAUGCGGAGGCGGCAGGCGGCCCUGAAGGCCGCCCAGCAGCACUGGCGCCGUGAGCUGCUCAGUGGUCCAGAGGCAGCCACAGACCUGCCGGGCACCGAUGCCCUGGACGAUGUGCGCAAGAACCUGGAGGAGGAGACCAGGCACCUGGAUGAGAUGAAGUCGGCCAUGCGGAAGAGUAAAGAUCUGCUGAGGAAGAAAGAGGAAAAGCUGAACCAGCUUGAGUCCUCUCUCUUGGAAGAGGCCUCAGAUGAGGACACCCUGAGAGGAGCCUCCCCCAAGAAGGUUGUGACCUUUGACCUCAGCGAUAUGGACGACGUGAGCAGUGAAAGUUCAGAGUCUUCCCUCCUAUCUCAGAGUGAGUGGUGGUAGCAGCAGGGAGGUGAAGCAGGGCUGAGGACCACCCUCACUCCAGUGGAGUUCCCUGACAAGAUCCACUACUUGAGCAGUUCCCUGCAGCGGAUCAGCAGCGAGCUCAACAGCGUCCUCGGCAUGCUGGGCAGCCUCAACACUCAGGCCCCACCACCGCUCUUCACCUCCACACCCGCGCAGCUCUCGCCCGUGGCCCCUGCCUACCCUUCCCUGCCCAGGCUCUCCACUCCGGCCCCAGUUCCACCCCUGAACAGCCAGUGGGCUUGGGACCCGGGGCUGGGCCCCAGGCUCUCCUCCGUUUCUCAGUCGGUGGACGACUUCCUGGUGGAGAAAUUGCGCAAGUAUUUCCCAACUGGAGUUCCGGUCCUCAGCAGUGAUCCUACCCCCCUGGAGAACAGGAUGGGUUACGUGUCGGCCAGCGAGCAGCUCCGCCUCCUGCAGCGCCCUUAUUCCCAUCUUCCUGAGGCGGGCAGCACCAACUUCCAGGGAAUGAUCGACACUAACCGCAGGUGGCUAGAACAUUUCAAGAACGACCCCAAGUCAUGUCUCUUCUCAUUGCCCAAGCCCACAGCCACCUCGGACCUGCUGCAGCUCGGCCUGGAUAAUAACAGGCUGAAGGUGUAUCACUACUAA